AUGACAAGAGCUAGAACAAAAUCAUCUGUUGUUCCCGAUUCCAAUUCCAGCCACCCAGCACAACAACGAAUACAGCCAGUGAAGAAGAGAUCCUAUACCAGCACUUCUGUUCAUUAUCAACCAACAACAACAAGAUAUCAUUCAUCGUCCGUUUUGAGCUCUCACUUUCCUCCACUCACUUCUGAAAGCACGGAGGAGCACAACCUUCUCCAUCACUCGUCAUUGGCAUUUGCUGAAUCACCACCCUCAUCAUCUCAUCAUCUUCAUUCCAAUAUUUCAAACUCUAAUUUAUUACAACGAAGGCUUUCAACAACGGAAUUGUCAUCAGACCACAAAUCACACUCUCAACCUCUCCUACGACGUGCUCACUCUCCGCUGCCAAAAAGUGCAAAUAACACCACUCACUUCCAUCAACGAGCAACCCCUAAUCAAUAUAGCAUCAUUGUUAGUAACAAUACGAACGCAUCUUCAAACCAUGAAAAAUUGGAUUUGUAUAGCAAGUAUAUCCAAAAACUUAGGUUGGAGCUCAAUAAGAAAUCUCAGCUCAUUAAGGAUUUGAAAGAGUAUAUAAGAAAACAAGAUGAAAGCAUUCGAAUAUCACAUGACAUGUACCAAAAAGUCUUAAAGCAUAGAUGCCACGGAGGAUCAAGACCAUCCUUGGAGCCAUCACAAGAAUUUUUAAGAGAGUUAUCCCAAACCCCUUGGGAAAACAGUAAUUUCAAUGGCGAUGAUGAAUUAACUGAUGAAUUAUUUGAAGAUGACUUUUCUGAGGAGUUAUUAGAUGAAAUGAAAUCUCGGCUAAUGAAAUAUGAAACAAGACCUCAUGUAGCUUUUUCUUCUGAAACAACAACCUCCAACAUUUCGAGAACAACCUCAAAUGCUUCUACCCAAACAUUUUUUGAAAAUGACGAAACCGAUAAGAAAAUGUUGCUUGAAAGUAUUAAUGCGUUGAAAGAAGUGGCCUUGUCAAAACAAGUGAAGGAGUUGAAAGACCAACUUCAUCAAUCGAAAACAAUGUACGAGGCAUUGAAGGAUGAACUCACAAGUACAAGAUCAGAAUUUAUUCAAUAUAAAAUGAGAUUAGAAGAAGAUCGAGAGAAACACCUCAAGGAAAUUAGAAAUUUAUCAGAAACCUGUAAAUUUGAAAAAAACACCAAGGCAGAUAUCUACCAAAGCAUUUCAAAUCACUAUGAAGAGGAAAACAAAAAGAACUUUAAUAUCAUUGACAAAUUGAAAAUUGAUCUCAAGAAUAGGGAUACCGAGAAAUCUUCCCUUGAAAAGCUUAUUGAAACUCAACAGUCCUUGUACAAUAACUUGAAUGACCGAUACAGCAAAGAAACGCACCAGCUGAAAAAAGAAAUUGAGGCAUUAAGGAAAAAGCUAUCCAUAUCAAUGACCCGCAACAACUUGGACUUUAAUUCUUCAUUCAAUGCAGAUUCCAAAACCACAUUUGGAUCUACUACCAGUGAUAUUUCUUCAAUUCUCCAGCCUAGUGACACGGCACAAUACAUGAAAUCUUCAAGAAGCAGUCAUGAUCAAGCAAAAUCCCACAGAAAUGGUCUUCCCAAAAUCUAA